AUGUCUUUAUCCGCCUCCAACCUCACUCAAACCUUCCACCAUUCCACCACCACCCAUGCAUACCAGAUUCGCUGGACAUCCCUUGGCAGUCCAACCUCACCACCGCUGAUUUUUAUCCAUGGUACUCCAUGGUCCUCACGCGUCUGGCACACCCUCGCGCAGACCUUUGCAAACUACUUCCACGUCUACAUAUUCGACAACCCUGGAUUCGGCGAAAGCCCCCUUGGCGAGCCACUUCCUACAGCACAGAAAGCGGGCCUCAUUAGCAAAAAGCUUGCCUUGGAUGCAGAUCUCGCUCAACAGAGCGAAGUCUUCGCUGCGCUCUAUGAAUUCUGGUCGCAAAAUUGGGCACCAGCAGUCAAGGCACAUGUGAUUGCGCAUGACCAUGGUGGUUUAAUGAGUUUACGGGCUCAUCUCAUACACGGUUGUGACUUUGCAAGCUUGUGCCUGAUCAAUGUCGUUGCAAUUGGGCCAUUUGGACAGACCUUGUUCAAAUUGGUAGCAGAGAAUGAGGGUGUUUUCACUGCGUUGACGGGCCCGGUCUUCGAAGGAGUGGUCGAAGCUUAUAUUCGGGAUGCAGCAUUUAAAGAACUCAGCAAAGAAACGAUGAAUAUGUUGAAGAGUCCAUGGAUUUCUACCGAUGAAGGAAGACGGGGCUUCGUUCGACAAAUGAUUCAAGCAAAUAGCCGGAGCACUGAUGAGGUUGAGAGGAGAUACCCGGAAGUUGGACAGAGGAUGCCGGUGCAGAUUAUCUGGGGAACAGAAGAUCAAUGGAUUCCUGUGGAGACGGCGGAGCGUUUGAAGGAGAAGUUGAAUGCCCAGCGUGUUGUUCGCAUUGAAGAGGCGGGACAUCUGGUUAUGUAUGACCAGGAAGGAAAACUGGGGGCUGAACUCGGGUGGUGGCUAAGGUCUCAUGUGUAA